ACGUCUGCGUGAUUCCAGCCUCCAGGUCAUUUCAUAAAUGUAGAUAAAAAAUGAAAAUCUAGCCGUUUCAAAAUCAAAGCGCAAAACGAGCCCAAAUUUUCAAUUUCAAAAUUUGAAAUAAUAAAUCCCUAAAAUUCAUUUUUCAUAAUUUCAAUUUCUCAAAGAAAGAGAAACUCAGUCACAACUCUCUUCUUCAUAAACCCUAGAUCUCUGUAUAUCUCUCAACAAUGGCGGAUGAGACAGAGAAAGUAGAAGAGAAGAAAAUCCCUGUGUUUACAGUCUUAAAGAAAGGUUCUAUUGUCAAGAACAUCUAUCUUGAUAAUCUAUUGAUUUCUGGGGAAGAUGAUUCUGUAUUAGUCGGAGGAGAAGAAGAGGAGGAGAUAUUCAUUGUUGGUAGACAUCCAGAUUGUAAUAUAAUGCUAGAACAUCCGAGUAUUAGUAGAUUUCAUCUCAAGAUUUACUCUAAAACUUCUUCGAAAUCGAUCUCCGUCAUGGAUUUAUCAUCAGCUCAUGGUACAUGGAUUUCGGAUCAGAAGAUUGAACCACAAGUUAGAGUAGAUCUGAAUGAAGGUGAUACGCUUAGAUUAGGUGCUUCAACUAGAGUUUACAGAUUACAUUGGGUUCCACGUUCAUUUGAUCUUGAAAACUCGCCCAAUUUUGAAAAUCCGUUUUCAAUUCAAGAGAAAGAAGAGGUAGAAGAAGGAAGAGACGACAUGAAUGAGAAUGAUUGUCUUGAUUCUCAUGAAAAAUUCCCAAAUGAAGAAAAGGAAAAUGAAGGAGAAGUUAACGAGAUGGAGCAUGAAAUCUCUUUUGAAAGAGAGGAGAAUCAUACUCUGUUAUCGGCAUUACCAAUGUCGGAAAACGGAAAUGCUUCAUUUGUUUGUGAAGAUGAUAAUGGAGUACAUAAUAUGAUGGCAGUGGUGAGAGAAGAAGGAAGGGAGAGUCCUUUGAGGUCUAGAGCUACGGGUGAAGAAUCUGUGUUUUCAUCAACCUUGGCUGCUGUAGAGAGUGUUGUAGAAGAAACAAGUCCUCAGCAGAUUGACAAGGAAAACGUGACUCUACAGUCUCUUGUUGAUAUGAAUAAUGUAUUAUCUGAACUUGCAAAUCAAGAGAGUCCACCAAUGAAAUCAGAAAAGAAGUUUGGUACGCCGAAUAUUUGGUCGAGACGAGGCAAGUCUGUUGGUUCGAUUCAGAUUGAAAUAGCUAAGAGCAGUGUAAAGAAGGUUGAGGGUAGUUCUAAGCAAGAGAUGGAAGAAGAAUUUGCUCCAGAGAAGGAGAAUUGUACACCAAGACCUGCACCUGGAAUGAAGUUGAUGAGAAAAGAGGUUGGGUCAGAUGAGGUCAGGAAUACUGGAUCAUUUGCUUCAAAGGUUAGGAGCAGAAUGAAGAAUAUGGAGGUUAACAGUGCUAAUGUGUUAGAGGAGGAAAUAGUUUCUCGAAUUCUUUUUCCAGGUGUAGAUAAUGAAGGUGAGGAAUUGCAUACUCCAGAUAAAGAGAAUUCUGCACCUAGAUCCUUACUUGGAUCGAAAUCAAAGAAAAAGGGUAUCUUAGAAGAAAUGAAGAAUCAAAAUUCUGGUCCCUUGCGUUCUAAAGUUAGUACAUACCCGAAUAUUGAUGAAGAUCUAGAAGCUGAAGAACUCUUUACUCCAGAUAAGGAGAAUAUCACUCUAGGACGACGCGUACUUGGGAUGAAAUCAAAGAAGAAAGGUUGCUUAGCAGUAGUGAAGAACCAAAGUUCUGGAUCUCUGGGUUCAAAAGCUGCAAUGCACUCAAAUAUUCUUCAGGAGGAAUAUCGAAAAUGUGAAGAAGAAAUAUUCACUCCAGAUAAGCAGAAUUUCUCCCCAAGACCUAUAUUUGGGAUGAAUUCAAUGGAAGACGGUGGGCUAGAGGAAUUGAAGAAUUUUGAAUCUCCAAACUCAAAGUUCAUUACUACCCCAAAUUCCGAUGUCGAAGAAGGUGGAUUCUACUUUUCAGACAAAGAGAAUUUGACACCUAUAGUUUCUGGAGACUCAAAAUCAAGGAAAUCUAGUUUUAGAGAUCAUGUAAGAAAUGAAUCAGAGAUGAUUUUGAGCAAGAGAGAAGAAGGAAGAGUGCCUUUUCAGUCCCUUCUAUCACCAAAUUCCAUCAGCAAAAGCGUGUCAGAGUUCUCAGCUCCUUUUAUUAUUACUACCACGAGCUGUGAUUCAGCCAACUUCCGCCGAUCUACUGAAAAGAACUGUGUUUCAUUUCCCAAUAACCUGUCUGGCGAGGAGGCUAAUAACAGAAGGUGGAAUAUGGUGGUAGAUACAGGUUGUCUUCUAGAUAAGGAUUCUUGGAAGUCCUUAAAACUACUUGAAGGCAUUAAAGGGACUCACCUCAUUAUACCAAGAAUGGUCAUAAGGGAGCUGGAUGGUCUCAAGCGACAGGGUAGCCGGGGUAGCCUGUUCAAAAGGGCAAUAGAGGUCUCUUCUUCUGCUGUAUUGGACUGGAUCGAAGAGUGCAUGAUCAAAACAAAUUGGUGGAUUCAUGUUCAGAACUCGCUGGAGGAGAGCUUGCCCACAGCACCAACCCCUCCUGCAUCGCCACACCCUAUAUUAAGCGACGCAAAUUACGAUGCCUUUGGUAGGGCACUCCAGUUAUCUUCAUUUGGGAGUCCGGUGGAGAUUGCUACCCCGACAGCUCAAGACCAUACCCUUGAAUGCGCUCUACUUUUCAGGAGAAUUAAGAACAAUGAACGCCUUGUCCUUCUCAGUAACGAUGUUGCCCUGAAGAUCAAAGCCAUGGCAGAGGGAUUAAUCUGUGAGACAGCUGAAGAGUUUCGAGAAAGUCUCGUGAGCCCAUACUCUGAAAGAUUCAUGUGGGCAGGGAGCACACCGAGAGGACCUACUUGGUCUAGCUUCAAUGACACGUCAGUUUUAAGAGAGAAAUGUUUUCAAGAUUUUCCGCUGAAGAAGACGAAGUCUGCUGAGGGAGUGAAGGGAUUGAAGCUCAUACUGCUCCAUAACUCCUCGCAUUAUGGCAAGAUAAUGACUUCUACAGUCAACUAGAGAACCAGACGGUAGUCCCAUUAUAGAUAUAUACAUAAAUUACUCAAUAUGCUGUUUUUGUUGUUGUUUCUCCUUGGAACAAACAUGUGACACUGAAAAUUGAGUUCAUUUUCUGCUGGCCGAAACUUUUGGCCACAGAAUAUAAGAAAGUUAGUAUUUGGCGACAUCAUAUAUCAACCCUUAAGCUGCAUUGCAAUGACAUAAUGUUUU